CUCUUCUUCUCUGUCCGCUUACCCUAACAUUUGUGAACAACGUUCGCUCCAAUCCUCCUAAUCAGACGAUCAGAUCUUAGAGGGACAACGAAGUCAUCGAGUUCUGGAGAUUAGGGUCCCCCAAUGGCCAAUUGUACUGGCCAUUGGCCGUCUGGUUGCUGGUUCUAAUUUCGAUCGCCCUUCUGAAUGGAUAAUGGUUUUGUUUGCAGGUUUUGAUUUCUCUUUCACACUCACAGAACCGUAUGCAAAUAUACUAGCAAAUAGUACCAACUCACAUUUUUUGAUAGAAUAGGCCAACUGGUUGAAACUGUCAAGGGGGAAUGAGGGUUCGAAGCUUGGCCAUAUGGGUGAAGAAGCACAUUUUUGCCAAUAACUUGGUCACUUACUCUACAUGCCUUCCCAACAAUGGAGGAUGUUUUAAAUUGGAAAGCAACAAUAUGGGGAAUUUGGCUACAGAGGAGCCAGGCCAAGUCAAAGGACAUGAUGUUUCAUCUAUACGAUUGGUGCUCCCAACCACUGGUGAUGAGGUGUGAUUAUAGAGCUGAAUUGGCUGUUUUAAUAGGGCAAGUUUUGACAUGUUUUUCAAGUAUGAAGAAUGUAAAUGAGGAUGUAAUAGGUUGAGAUAUCUCCCGUACCUCAAUAAAAUAUUUUUGUUGCC